CUCUCUCCCCUUUUUCUGUUGAAUUUUGAGUGCCUUAUCAAUAUAAGAUCCAUUCAUACACCUUUCCAUAGUACGAUUCUGCAAAUAUAUAUCAUCUCCUCUUUGUUUCUCCAACAGGUGUUCAUAAGAUCAAUUUGUGGAAUCAUGGAGGAUUUUGUCCCUGCAAAUGAUUUAAGUGAUGUUAAUUGUCUGUCAUUUACCCAGGGAUUUUGAUGCUUUGUUAAGAAAUAUAUCUAUGGUGGAACGUUAAUCCUAGCCAGUCAAUUUCGAAAUAUACUCAAAUGGAUGGCUUGGGUUUACCAGGAGGGAAGGCCAUGUGAGUGGUUUGAAGCAGAGUGAACAGAUAAUAUAUUAAAUUUCAGUGGCGAUAUUAGUUUGGUAUUGCUGGGAGAUGGUUAAACGCAAGGGUUGUGAGAAACUGGGAAGAAUGGUGAGGGACAGGUCUGGUAGUGCUUACCAGUCUUCUCUUCUUCAGUCCCCUGUUGUUUCUGUUUGGGAUUGUAUUGUGCGCAAAAUGAGGUAUUCCUAUAUACCUGAGUGGGUGUAGCUGCAGUUUUAGUAUUUUGGUUUCAUUACAGUUUUCAUAUUUGGAAUCAUUAGUUUUUUGCUAUAGUAUUAAUAACAAAGUAUAGAAGGAAACGGAAAUAAAUAGUUGUAGAGAUGGAAUGUGCUAAAGCUUCACCUGCUGUUAGAAAAGGGAACAAGAAGCAAGUAAAGGAUGAGUUGGAUCGGAUUAAACAGGCUGAAAAAAAAAAGAGGCGCUUAGAGAAAGCCUUGGCUACUUCAGCUGCCAUCCGCUCCGAAUUAGAAAAGAAGAAACAGAAAAAGAAAGAAGAACAGCAAAAGCUUGAUGAAGAGGGUGCUGCAAUCGCUGAGGCAGUUGCUCUGCAUGUCCUAGUAGGUGAGGACUCAGAUGAUUCAUGUAAGCUUUUGCUGGAGAAGGAUGAAGAAUCAAACCCAUGGGAUAUUGGUAGCAAUUUUGAUUUUUUUAUGGGCGGAUAUAGAGCCAUGCUUCCUCAUCAAGAACUCCCAAAAUAUUCAGUUGAAGGAACACAGUGGGUGUCUGGUCCCAACAGGUAUGGAUGCAUGUGUGAGCAGGAAAAUACCACGUGGAUGGUCUCUUCUGUACCUUGGGCAGGGAAUGGUCACCAUCAAUGGUUUGAUGUGGGGAAUUGGGAGUUUGCCAGACUUUCUGCUGGACUUCUUGCAGCACAAGCUGUCUCAUCACUUCAGAUUGCAGAAGAUGCUCUAAUGGACUCAUAUGUCUUCAGUCGGAUGCUGAGAGAGUGAACUGGAGGUCUAACGUCUAUCAUCCAGUUGGUCGGUACUUUAUGAGAUGUUUUUUUUUUGUGGUUUCGAAUAAUUCCAUGUAUAUAUAUUUCUGAUGAACUCAAUCCGCAUUGUUUUUGACUUUUUAUGCUUGUGUCGGUCGUAAGCCUUUAAAAUUCACUACAUAAUUCCUGGAUGAUUAUUGCACUACGAAUGUUACAUUGUUGUUCUGAUUGUGAAACUAUAGUAUGCUGUUGUUGAUGGGAA